GGAGUUUGAGUGGUACUGAGCAGGGGAAAUGAAGACCUUCCAGAGUGCAUCACAACCUGGAUCACACAGAAGACACCUGUGGAGGAGGAUGGAGCCCAGCAGCGACUCGAUGCAGCCGAGCACAAGAACAUGCUCGAGCCAGUCUGAUUGCUGCUGUUAUGGGGACCCAAUUUCUGGGCAUCAGGAGAUGUCUCUUUGCUGCAGUGGGAGAAGAAACCAGCAAAUGUGACAGCGAGAUUGUAAAUAAUAUGUACGAGACCGACCCUGAUCUCCUUGCUGGCGAAAGUGCAGAGGAGGAAACAGAGGACAGUAUUAUGUCCCCCAUCCCUGUCGGACCUCCAUCACCCUUUCCCACCAGCGAGGACUUCACUCCCAAGGAGGGCUCGCCCUAUGAAGCUCCCGUCUACAUUCCUGAUGACAUUCCAAUCCCACCAGAUUUUGAACUCAGAGAAUCUUCGAUCCCAGGGGCAGGGCUAGGGAUUUGGGCCAAAAAGAAGAUUGAAGUUGGGGAAAGAUUUGGACCUUAUAUGACAGUACAAAGGAGCACAUUAAAGGAAACAAACUUUGGAUGGGAGCAAAUACUGACUGAUCCCGAGGUGACCUCCCAGGAGGGCAGUAUAAAGAAGAUUGCUGACGACCUGGGAAACGAGAAAUUCUGCGUCGAUGCCAACCAGAGCGGAGCUGGGACCUGGCUGAAAUACAUCCGUGCAGCCUGCUCCUGUGCUGAGCAGAACCUCGCCGUGUGCCACGUCAACGAGCAGAUCUAUUAUAAAGUUAUUAAGGAAAUCGAGCCAGGAGAAGAGCUCUUGGUGUGUGCCAAGGAAGGCAGCUAUUCCCUGGGGAACAUGGCACCCAGCAUGGAAGAGGAGCACACGUUCCGCUGCGAGGACUGCGAUGAGCUUUUCCAGUCCAAGCUGGACCUGCGGCGGCACAAGAAGUACGCGUGCAGCGCCGUGAGCUCGCUCUAUGAGACACUGAAUGAUGACAUCAAGCAGGAGGGCCUUGGCGAUGGGCAGGUCUUCGAGUGCAAGGACUGCGAGAGGAUGUUCCCCAACAAGUACAGCCUGGAGCAGCACAUGGUGAUCCACACCGAGGAGCGCGAGUACAAAUGCGACCAGUGCCCCAAGGCCUUCAACUGGAAAUCCAACCUGAUCCGCCACCAGAUGUCUCACGACAGCGGGAAGCGCUUCGAGUGUGAAAACUGCGUGAAGGUGUUCACCGACCCCAGCAACCUGCAGCGGCACAUCCGCUCCCAGCACGUUGGAGCACGAGCCCACGCCUGCCCAGACUGCGGCAAAACCUUUGCCACCUCGUCCGGCCUCAAGCAGCACAAGCACAUUCACAGCACUGUCAAACCUUUCAUAUGUGAGGUCUGUCACAAAUCCUACACGCAGUUCUCCAACCUCUGCCGUCACAAGCGGAUGCACGCGGACUGUCGCACCCAAAUCAAGUGCAAGGACUGCGGGCAGAUGUUCAGCACUACCUCCUCUCUCAACAAGCACCGGCGCUUCUGCGAGGGCAAGAACCAUUACAACCCCGGGGGCAUUUUUGCCCCGGGCCUCCCCUUAACGCCCACCUCCAUGAUGGACAAAUCCAAGCCCUCUCCCAACCUCAACCACGCCAGCUUGGGAUUUAACGAUUAUUUUCCAUCCCGUCCCCACCCGGGGGGUCUUCCAUUCUCACCCGCCCCCCCAGCGUUCCCUGCCCUCACCCCGGGAUUCCCGGGGAUUUUCCCACCGUCUCUCUACCCCCGGCCCCCCUUGUUACCACCCACACAACUCCUCAAAAGUCCCCUCAAUCACACCCAAGACGCAAAGCUUCCCAGCCCCCUCGGGAACCCUGCGCUUCCCCUGAUCUCUGCGGUGAGCAACAGCAACCAGGCCGCCUCGGCAGAAGAGAAAUGUGAAAGCAGCCUGGAGAACUCCUACCUGGAGAAGCUAAAAGCCAGGAACAGCGACAUGUCCGACGGCAGCGACUUCGAGGACGUCAACACAACCACGGGCACGGACCUGGAUACCACCACUGGCACCGGCUCUGACCUGGACAGUGACGCAGAGAGCGACAGGGACAAAACAAAAGAUAAGAGCAAACAGAUGGAGAGCAAGCCGGACUUUGUCAGCAGCUCCGUGUCGGCGAGCUCCACCAACAACACAAGCGAGAUCCCUCUCUUCUAUUCUCAGCAUUCCUUCUUUCCUCCCCCAGAAGAGCACCUGCUGCCCACCACGGGAGCAGCUAAUGACUCUAUUAAGGCUAUCGCCUCCAUCGCAGAGAAGUAUUUUGGGCCUGGCUUUAUGGGGAUGCAGGAGAAAAAGAUGGGUUCGCUCCCGUAUCAUUCCAUGUUUCCGUUUCAGUUCCUCCCCAACUUCCCCCAUUCACUCUACCCUUUCACGGAGCGAACCCUCAAUCACAACUUGCUGGUCAAGGCAGAACCAAAGUCACCCAGGGACCUCCACAAAGUAGGCAGCACCAGCUCGGAGUCGCCCUUCGAUCUCACCACAAAGCCAAAAGAGAUAAAGCCAAUCCUGCCACCACCGAAGGUCCUGCCAGCCCCGUCCUCAGGGGAGGAGCAGCCAUUGGAUCUGAGCAUCGGCAACCGCAUCCGAGCCAGUCAGAAUGGAGGGAGAGAGCCACGGAAGAACCACGUUUAUGGGGAAAGGAAACUAAUGGCAAGUGAAGUCUUACCCAAGAUUUCCCAGUCUCAGCUGCCUCAGCAACCAUCCCUGCAUUAUGCAAAGCCAUCACCCUUUUUCAUGGAUCCCAUCUACAGCAGGGUGGAGAAGCGGAAGGUGACAGACCCUGUGGGUGCCCUAAAGGAGAAGUACCUGCGACCCUCCCCUCUGCUAUUCCACCCCCAGAUGUCAGCCAUAGAAACGAUGACGGAGAAACUGGAGAGCUUUGCAGCCAUGAAGGCGGACUCGGGCAGUUCCCUGCAGCCCCUUCCCCACCACCCCUUCAACUUCCGAUCGCCGCCUCCCACACUGUCAGACCCCAUCCUGAGGAAGGGCAAGGAGCGUUACACCUGCAGGUACUGUGGCAAGAUCUUCCCGCGCUCAGCCAACCUGACGAGGCAUCUGCGGACACACACGGGAGAGCAGCCCUACAGGUGUAAAUACUGUGACAGGUCAUUCAGCAUUUCCUCCAACCUCCAGCGGCACGUUCGAAACAUCCAUAACAAGGAGAAGCCAUUCAAAUGCCACCUGUGCAACCGGUGCUUUGGGCAGCAGACCAACCUGGACCGACAUCUUAAGAAGCACGAGCACGAGAACGUUCCAGUGAGCCAGCACUCUGGAGUCAUUACAAACCACCUUGGGACCAGUGCCUCUUCCCCCAACUCGGAGUCAGACAACCAUGCACUUUUAGAUGAGAAAGAGGAUUCGUAUUUCUCUGAAAUCAGAAAUUUUAUUGCAAAUAGUGAGAUGAAUCAAGCAUCAACGUUAGCAGAUAAAAGGCCAGAAAUGCAGGAUAUUGACAGCAACUCCCAGUGUCACGGAUUAGCAAAUGAGAAAACGGAAGAUGUGGAUGAUGAAGAUGAAGAACUGGAGGAGGAGGAUGACGACAGCCUGACAGGGAAGUCGCAGGAUGAAACGGUGUCACCCACUGCAGAGCCCCGAGGAACGUACGAGGAUGAAGAGGAUGAGGAGCCCACAUCUCUCACCAUGAGCUUUGAGCACACCCGAAGGUGUAUUGAGGAGGACGAAGCCGGCUUGUUAGAUUUGGAGCAGAUGCCGAAUUUUGGGAAGGGGCUGGAUCUUCGCAAAGCAGCCGAGGAAGCAUUUGAAGUUAAAGAUGUGUUUAAUUCCACCUUAGACUCUGAGACAAUAAAACAGACUCUGUACAGGCAGGCUAAAAACCAGGCUUAUGCAAUGAUGCUGUCCCUAUCUGAGAACGCUCCCCUCCACACGUCCUCCCAGAACUCCCUGGGUGCUUGGUUGGACAUGGCAGGAGCAGCUUCAGAGUCGGGGACCUUUAACCCCAUCAACCACCUCUGAGAGGUCCGCAGGGCUCUGUCUGCAGUCGCAGCGAGGAGGCGGCGGUGCUGCGCUUACCCCAAACCCCAGCAAGCAGAAGAUGGGUGCGAGGGCCUCAGGGAGCGCCUGGACUUUGGGCUGAGAAAGGAACCUGUCGCAUCUGACCUACCAGACCUGCGUUUUUACCACAGUUUUGAUUUGUAAUUUAUGGCAAUGAACCUCUCCGCAACUGGAUGACCCUGACGCAGCCCCCAGGAUUUCACCAAAAUAGGAACAGCGUAAGCAAGACACAAAUCGCUACGGCGUGAUCCGAUAUCAGUCCCUGACAUUACAAGAUGGGAUCACUGAGCCAGCAAAGGCCUCGUGGAGAUGGAAGCCUGACACCAUUGGGCAGCUUCAUCCCUUCAGCUCAGUCGAAUAAGGAGGCAACAAGGAAACGGAGCCCAGGGAGACCCCGUCCCUGGUGCAAUUCUGGCAGAGCCACUGGAGUUGCACCAGGGAAGGGUAAUCCAGCCCAUUUUGCUGACCUAUAACAGAACCUGAAGUUGUGUACUCCCACUGAAAUGCUGUCCUGUGCUCAGUUCCUGGCCAAACACCUUUUCUGUGCAAAGCUCCUGAAUGUGAGUCGCAGUGUCCCAGCUGAGAGCUCCUCAGCCUGCAGCAGUGCUGGGGUCGGGCUGUUGUUGGGUCACAGAAACGUGUGGUUGGUGGUCCUCAGCUGGAUGUCCAUGCCUGCAGUGCUGUGUGGAGAGCACUCUCCAUCUCUGUGGUGCCUCAAGACGGAGCUCUGCUUGGACCUGGAGCCUCUGGAGUGAGGAAUGGCUCUUGGUCUGCACUGCCCCGGGGUCUUGUGCUGGAGCUGUUGGGUCUCAUGGGGAGGGUGAAAAGCCAUCGGGGUGGGGAAGGUGGCCCGGGGUCGUCAGGAUGGUUGCAGCCACUGUGUUGUUUCCUGCAGUGAUAUCUUCUCAGUGUUGGUGGUGGUUGGGAAUUGUAGAAGAAACAUCCUGCUCGUGCUGUUGUGGUGGGUGGUUGGUUGGCUGUGCAUGGCUGCGGCCAUUGGUUUUCAUAGGAAGAUGUCCUAGCUUCAGCAGCAUCAGGGCUCUGUGCCCUCUAUUCAAGCACACAGCCAAGAAUAGAAUCGUCUCUCUGACUCUAGAAUUGCUCGCAGGUAUGUUAUGAGUGAUUUCAAAUCUCUUCCAAGUCUCCUGUUGUUCAGUGGCCCAAAACAACUUCCAGAAGUACCGUUGUUUGUGCUGCUCUGCAGUGCGAAUUGCUGAAAUGGAGCACAGCCUGGGAAGCAAACAGACCUGGUGCAAAGAACAGCACUGGCUGUCUGGGUAACGUUAAGGGUGUGUGUCCUGAGAAUUUGCUAAUUGCAGCGUCGUCAGUUGAAAAGUUCCAAGGAUUGGGCAAGAGUUGGUGCGGUGGCACCGUGCUCAGAGCCAGCCAGCUUGGGAAGAACAUUUCCCAUUGGUUUUCCCAUCACUUUCCCCAUUGGGUCUGGUUAGGAACUGCAGAACUGGGCUCAUGGCCGCUGUCAGAGGGGCGGCGUGUGGUUUUCUGCCUGUGGAUUGGUGGUGUGCUCAGUGCAGGGUGAAGGAACACAACAUGGGAGCCUCAUCCCAGCACAAUGAAGCCAAGGAAACGACUGCCCACAAAGUGGGGGUUAUGCUAGGAACCCUUCAUAGCGUGCUGUCAGCACCAAGAGCAGGCUGUUUUUAGAUGGCUCUCGGAGGAAAGCAUCCGGGAUAUCCUUAGUACAGAAGGAGCAGAAGGUAAAUGAGCAGCACCGGCGUAUUUUCUGAGAAAAUUUGCCCUCCCUGUUUGGUUUUCCACAUCCCUCUGUGAAAGUGCCCAAGGCCCUGAGCCCGGCCGAGCUGCUCCCUGUGUUGGCACGAGGCUGUGCUGGUGGUGGCACAGCACCCGGUCCUGAGAGCACAGAGCUGGCCCCGUCCCACCCUGGGCACCAUUCCCACCGGGGCAACAGAAAUAAUAAAGAACUGUUUCCUCUCCGGUUGGAAUUUCUUUUAAUCUGUAAAUAACUUGUAAUUUUUUUGCUAAUUCUUUUCUUAUUUUAUUUCUUCCUUAACAGUAUUUUUUUUUUUUUUUUUUUUUUGCAUUAGAUAUAUCAUUAUUGUGAAGAAAUAAUGUUAAUAUAAGCACGUAGUGAAGGACCAAAAUGGUGUAACUGAGGUUGUGUGUUGUAUGAGGGAGGAUGGAGAGGUGGUGAUGUGCCAAGCGCCCGCGGGCUCCUGCUGUUCUUGCUGCCCGUUCUCCAGACAAUCAUUGGUUGUGUUCCAUUGGCGAGCCGGUAGCGUUUGCCUGAGCUUUCUAUUUAUUUCCUUGGUGGGUUGGAAAGCAGGAGCAGGCAGGGGAGCACGCAGCCCUGCAGAGGCAGCGCUGCCCAUUGGGGGUCUCAGCAGGGGCCGGAUGGGCGGCGCUGCGCUGUGGGGUUCGGGGCUCCCGGCCACGCGCAGGGCGUGAGGAGCAGAAGGUUGGGGAAUCAUGAAAUGAUUUCUCCUUUCCUUUCGUUGUUUGUAUUUCCUGAUCCAGUCCUCCUCCCGUUUUCUCGAGCCAGUGCCUCUUUUUGUGUUCAGGACCUCCCGACUCCCCCCAAGUUAGCACUGAUGACGAGUUUUCAUCUUCCCCCAGUUAAAUAAAGAGAAAGCCUCGCUGAAUUGCCGUUGAUCUCAUAGCGCUCAUUCGUUGCACUCGGGACGUGUAGCCGACCCGUAGGCUUUGUCGUGGCUUUGGCCAACAGCAGUCCCUGGUGCCAGGGCUGCUCCCCGGGGGCACAGCUGGCUUCCCGUGGUGGAAGCUUUCUUUCCCUUUCUCCCCGCUCAGCACUUAAGACUCUCAGCAGACGCUCUGGCGAAAAACGGCUCCUUGUUCCCUCCCUACAAAAAGCGUUUGGAAAAGCACUUGCACAACGAGGUGAACCUGUUUGGACUCUGAGCAUCAAAGCACUGGAUGUUGGUGAGCCCCCGGCCGGCCCCGACCUACUGACUUGGUUCCGUUUGUGCUGUACUGUGCGCCGGCUGCCGGCGCUGGUCACAAAGCCAUGAACCUUUCCUGUCGUGUUGAGUGAUACUGUGAUUAAAUGAUUCCG